GAGGGGCCAGCAGGGGGCGAUAGGCCUGUAUCUGUGCACUGAGGAAGUACAGGAUCUGUAGGGGAAAGUGUGAAUAACCGAACAUGCACUCAGUGGGCAUAGAAUGAACAGACUCUCCCCCAGGGCUGCAGUGCUGUGCCAGGGAGCUGUAAGGGGUCUCUGUGUCUCCUCACGGCAGGGGAGGGAAUCUGUAGCCAAGCCCUGCUCAGAGGAAGAGGCUGCACUGUAUGUUCAUUGGCCCUACUGUGAGAAGCGCUGCACAUACUGCAAUUUCAACAAGUACAUCCCCCGAUCUGAUAAUGAAGCCGCCAUCCGCUCUUGUCUGGUGCAAGAGGCUCGCACGCUCAUCCGGCUCAGCCAGGUGCACAGGAUCACAUCAGUGUUUUUUGGGGGUGGGACCCCAAGUCUGGCCAGCCAUGGCACCAUCGCUGCAGUGCUUGAGGCAGUCUCCCAGACGGCACUGCUGCCACAAGAUGCAGAAAUUACUCUAGAGGCCAACCCCACAUCGGCAGAAAGGAGUCGGUUGCAGCAGUUCCAAAAAGCUGGAGUGAAUCGCCUGUCUGUGGGGGUGCAGUCUUUAGAUGACCAAGAACUGCUGCUCCUGGGAAGGACUCACUCCACCUCUGAGGCACAGAAGACUCUAGAAGAAGCUUGCAAUCUCUUCCCUGGGCGCACUUCAGUGGACAUAAUAUUUGGGCUUCCAGGGCAAAGCUUGGCAUCCUGGCACAGGACCCUGAGGCAGCUGCUUGACAUUUGUGAUGACCAUGUUUCCCUAUACCAGCUCACCUUGGAAAGGGGUACUUCUCUUUUUAAAAUGGUUCAAGAUGGCCGUCUCUCUACCCCAGACAUGGAGGUAGCCUCCCAGAUGUAUGAAGAUGCCAGAAGGACCCUCUCUGAAUCUGGAUUCCGACAGUAUGAGGUGUCAAACUUUGCCAGGAAUGGAGCGCUUAGUGCACACAAUAUGUCCUACUGGCUGGGGAAGCAGUAUAUUGGGAUAGGACCAGGAGCACAUAGUCGUUUUGUGCCACGUGGCAGUGGUGGCCAGCAGAGACAGGCCCGAAUACAAACGCUAGAGCCUGAGCCUUGGAUGAAGGAAGUGAUGCAUUAUGGACAUGGAACACGGAAAGUCACAGAACUCAACGACCUGGAUGUCUUGUCUGAAACCUUGGUUCAAGGAUUAAGAACUGAUAUUGGCAUCACUCACGAGCGUUGGCAGCAGAUUGUGCCCUCUCUCAGUCUAUACCAUGUGUUUGGGGCAUCCCAGGAGAUAGGGGAGCUGCGGCAGGCGGGAUUACUGGUGCUGGAUGAACGAGGCCUUCGCUGCUCCUGGAAGGGACUGGCUGUAUUAGACAGCUUACUGCUACCUCUUCUCACCCAACUGCAGGAGCACUGGGCUCAGAGAGAGACUGGCACCUUCUGAGCGCCAUGGUACCUGUAAAUUGGAGAGACCACUGUUCCACAGGCAUAAAGUGUGAUGUAAGCCUAAACGUUUAUUAUUUGUUGAUAUUGUAAAUAUAAGGUAAAAAAAUAAGUUUACUUUCUUUGUUAUAUGGAAAAGAAAUAAAGAGAUUUUACCAACUU